AUGUUGAUUGCUGAUUAUGAUGGGUUUUCAGAGGACUUUACUAUUUCUCUUAAUUUGCCCUCUGAGUUUUUGUGCAUUUCUCGAUGCAACUGGAGGUCUAUGGAGAACUCAAGCGUUGGCCUCUUCAACAGCACUGGAUCUCAAGGAGGCGGCCAAGAGACUACACCCUUGACAGCCAUUACCCAGCUUGUUCAUCAUGGAAUGAUUUUUGUGCCUAUUGGCUACAUGUUUGGAGCUGGCAUGCUCGAGAUGGAGAAGAUUAAGGGUGGAUCACCAUAUGGUGCUGGAACUGCUGGAACUUUUGCUGGAGAUGGCUCUCAAUAG